AUGACAUUUAACCAUCGACUCUUAUUAACAACAAAUUAUGCCCCCUACCAAAAAUCUCUCAAACAAAAAUAUUUAAACCGUCAAACUCUCUUUCAUCUCAUCGUUUCUCUCAUUCUAUUCGUUCAACAGAGGAGUUUCUGGCGUUCCAGCAGAGGUGUUCCAACAGCUUCGUUCCAGGUGAUCCAAAAGCUUCGGCGUUCAACAGCUUCGUCUCUCUCAUCUUCACCUAGGUCGUUCAUAACAGCUUCGUCUCUCUUAGCAAGAUGAUGUUACUGGAAUGUGUGGUUGUAGAUGACAAAUACCAAUGUAAGCAACGUAGGUAGUGACGAAGUGGUUGAGGUUCAAUCCAUCAAAUCUGAUACUCCCUGGCCUGCUAAGAGUGAGACAAUUUUUAUAGAUUUAAUGGAUGAGCAGAUUGCAAAAGGAAUAGAGGUACUACUACAUUCAAAAGAGAAACGUGGAACUACAUUCUUGAGGAACUGAAAAGUCGAACUGGGUAUUCAUAUAACCAUGAGCAACUUAAGAAUAAGUUUAAUCAGUUGAGGCGAGUAUGGAGUGAUUUCCACAAACUGGUUAAUGAAACUACGGGAGUUGGUUGGGAUCCAGAGAAAGGGACAAUGACUCUGCCAGACGGUGUGUGGAAAAAUUUGUUCAAGACUCUAUGGUUGAUUCGGUGACUAUGAUUGACCUACAUCCAGACUUGUUGAAAGACUGCAUCGAUACUUUGAACUCUCUCGAGGACAUUGAUGAUGCGACUUAUACAAAAGCUUUAAAAUUGAUGCGUGAUGAUGCGGUGUGGCGGAAAGUGUUCUUGAAGUUGCCUGAUCAUCGGAAGAGGGGUGUAGUCAUGAAUCUGUGAUGUGUUAGGUCAUGACUGUAUUUUUUAUGAUGACUGUAAACCAUGUUUUGUACCUUUAACAGACUACUUUUAACUCUGGUUAUUGGGCAAUGUGUUUUUUUUUUUUUGUGAUGACUUCAAUGUUUUGUGGAAUAGUAUAUCGUUGG